AUGUUAAAAUCAUGUAUAACAUUACAGAUAUUUGCCAUACAAGUGGAGCUCAUAAAGAAAUUGCUCGCCAUGGCCGGCCCGUCCGACGGCGACCCCGACGGAUGGGUCGAGUUCUGCGAGCGUCAGGCUAAAACCGCCGCUCAGGACUUUGCCAAGGCUUGCUUACAAUAUUUACAGACCAGCGCUAGUGAAGCCGCCGCCCGACCUAUUUCACAAAAAGAAUUUUUAAAGAAAUUCGUGGAAUGUUUCUCAGAACAAUUCGAUUUUGAAUUCGGCAAACUCAAGGCACAACAUAAAUUACCCAAUGGCACACACACUGGCCACGAUGAAAGCGAUUAUUCUGAAGACACGGAUUCCCCAAAAACGCAACAUAAACCCUUUUUUCGUAGAUUAUCUUUUAAAGGCUUGCGUCGUGGAAAGGGUUUAUUUCACAAACAACAUUCUGAUGAGGUAGAAUUGUCGUCUAAUAUGAAUAAACACAAAACAAAAUUAGCUAAGAUAGUAGUUGAAUGUCGAAAAGAUGGACUUGUAAAUUAUUUGACUCCAGAAAGUCUGGAACAACCUAGUGGUCCACAGAAAUGGGAAAAAUGUAGAUUAGCAUUAGUUAAAACUGUUGGUGGUUAUAUGUUAGAAUUUUAUUCACCACCUAAGGCACAAAAACCUAGAAGUGGUGUAUUCUGUUUCCUUAUAUCAGAAGCAAGAGAAACUACUGCUUUGGAAAUGCCGGACCAUGAGAACACAUUUGUUUUAAAAGCAGAUAAUAAUAUGGAAUAUGUAAUAGAGGCGGCUGAUGUUGAUGAUAUGAAAUCAUGGCUGGCCACCAUCAAGUAUUGUAUGAGAUCGGCACCCACCACACAGCCCCCACCUGAGGCAUUAGCAGGACUGCCAGAACCAGCGCCGCCCGAUCUGCCUCCUAGAAGAGAUUUGCCUUCUAGUGCAAGUAAUACCGAUCUAGCAACUGAUACACCUGAGGAAGCUGAAUUAGGCUCAAUAGCAGAAGAGGUGUGUGAGCCGCGGCUUUCGCUCACCGAGUGGCCGUGGUUCCACGGCACGCUGGCACGCGCGGCGGCCGCGGCCUGCGUGCUGGACGGCGGCGCGGCGGCGCACGGCUGCUACCUCGUCCGUCAGAGCGAGACGCGACGCGGCGAGUACGUGUUGACGUUUAACUUUCAGGGUCGAGCAAAGCACCUCCGCAUGACACUGAGCGACACAGGCCAGUGUCGCGUCCAACACCUGUGGUUCCCGAACGUUCACGACAUGUUGGAACAUUUCCGCGCCAACCCCAUACCGCUGGAGUCGGGCGGCGCGGCCGAUGUCACGCUCACAGAGUACGUCGUCUGCCAGGACAGCCAUAGACAACAAUUGGGUGUAUCUCUCGGUAGUGACGUGAGGAUGCGUCGCGCAGAGCUAGAGGCUUUACUGUUAGCGAGCGGCGCGCAUCACGACAUACGCGCCGUCGACAACCAAUAUGUAUUGUGUAAUAUGCGACCUUCUACCAUAGAGCGGGCU